AUGAGUACCUCUCAUCAUUCAGAAAUUUCUGGGUCACCCCGAUCUCCGGACCUCACUGAUGUUUCCGAUGUAUGUGACAGUUCUAAGACUAUAAAGACACGAGCUGUCAAGACAACAUCAACGGCAGAAGCUGUACAGAAACUAAAAAUCCAACAAGCUGUCUUCGGAAAUCCUUCAAGAAUUAUCUCUGACAAAGGAUCUGCUUUCACUUCAAAGGACUUUGAGGAAUGCUGUAAAGAUGAAGGAAUUCAGCACAUACAAAUCACAACAGGCGUUCCAAGAGCCAACGGCCAGAUCGAAAGAAUUCAUGGAACCCUUAACCCAGUGCUUGCAAAACUGUGA